GCGUCAACCAUCAUAUUCACAAACCAGACAUACUAUUGCGUCUCAGAGUUCCACAACAUACACAUACACACAGACACAAGCACAUUCGCCCAGUUGCGGCGACAGCACGACAAACAAACAGGGAGGAGGAUAUGACACGGACGAAGGGACAGACAGCAUCGCUUCCGUGUCACUCUCUCCACGCACACACACAGAUAAAAUACCGAAACACCCGCCCACUUGAAAAGGUCUCGUGUCAGUCAGUGUGUCUGUCUGUGUGUUUAGGUAAGCUGCCUUGACCACAUGCGCUGCCAACGAGGCCGGUUCCCAGCCAGACCAGGCCAGGCCAGAUGAACACAUGAACAGAUCUUGCUGUGUAUCAAGUCGAGACGCACGAAAACCACACCAGGUAUGUACGCUGCGAUGUGUGUCUGCAAUUGCAGAGGUAUGGCCUUACACAACGCUAUACAAUACAAACACUGCGAUCAAUAUAUAUGCGAUCACCUCUCUGGCCCGUGCGCACAAGCGGAGAGUGCCAAUCGAUGGUCAUCCAUCCACCCAUCCAUCCUUCAUUUCUCAUGAAGCCUUGCCGGCUUCGGUGACCACCUGGCAUCUCGGCGUGUCUGCACUACUACCACUGGCCACGCGCAUGGCCAUAGCCAUGUCCUUCAGAGCAGAUACGUCAGAGGUUCCCAUCUGGUUGACCAGCUGGCGGAAUGAUGAGGUGGGGUCGUCGAGCAGGGCGACUGGGUCGUCGUACUCGACGACGGCCCCUCUGCACGCGCACAGUUGCAAGGAAAGGCAAGCAGCAAUCGGCAGGUUUGUUGGUCAUGCUUGUCUCUCCCCCUGUGUGUGUGUGUGCUCACUUGUCGAGGAGCAGAAUGCGAUCACAGUGCAGGAUAGUCUCCAAACGAUGUGCGACUUGACACACAAACACACACGCACAGAGAGAGAGAGAGAGAUGCGGACGAACCCACAGUGGCAGCCAUCCCCUCUCUCCCCGUCACUUGUGACAGUAGUGGCGUCCUUGAAGUUCUCCCGGAUCGUCGCCUGCAACACCUGAUCCGUGUCGGUGUCCACAGCAGCCGUCGCCUCGUCGAGCAUCACCACCUUGGCGUGCCUCAGGAGCGCCCGCCCCACACACAGCAGCUGCCGCUGACCCAGAGACAGGUUCUCGCCCUUCUCGGAGAGAAUGGCGUUGAGCUGCCCCGGCAGUGCUUUGACCUCUUUGGCGAGAUGCACACGCCUGAGGGUCUCCCACAACUGAUACACACAUCCAUCCAUCCAUCCAUCUAUCCCCACCAAGUGCACGUGUGGAUGAUGUUGCUUGCCUCCUCGUCGGAGCGUUCGUUAAAAGGGUCCAAGUUCUGACGCAGCGAUCCGGAGAAGAGAAUUGGGUCUUGUGGGAUGACGGACAGCCGGCUCCUGAGGUGGUGAAGGCCCACCCACCGCACGUCGAUCCCGUCCACAGUUAUGCUGCCCUCAGACAACUCCACCAUGCGAAACAGCGCCUGCAGGAUGGAACUCUUCCCCGCACCUGUAAGGCACACCACACCACACCACAGCAGGCGUGUCUGUCGUAUUUCGUCCUUCCCGCCGACCUACCAGUGCGGCCACAGAUGCCGAUUUUCUCCCCCGCCCUGACGGUGAAGGACAGGCCUCGGAGUGCAUACUCCAGCUCGGGCCGAUACCGCAGCCACACGCCAUCGAAGCGCACGCAACCCUCUGACGGCCAGCUGGCUGGCGGUUCAAUCGCACCAGCACCGGGAGCGGCAUGUGUGUGUGGGUGGUGCGGUUCCAUUGUGAGGGAGAGCUGCUCGUUCCACUGGUCAGCGACGGCAGGGGGCGGGGUGACAAGAGGGGCGCGGGCGGGCGCCUCGUUGGGGAUGUCGCAGUAAUGGAGGAGACGCUCGACGCCGGUCAUGUUGUUCUCGGCCUCGAUGGACACCCGCACCGCCCACUGCAGCAUCGACACCGUCUGCAUCACGUACACGAGCGCCAACCUGCAGCCCAGCCAGGCCAGGAGAGAACCACACACAACACAACACAACACAUGCAGACAAAGGAGACCGUCAGGUCAGUGAGCCUGUACUGUAUGUGUGUGUGUCGGUCCUUUCGCUCACUCACCCCGCCAUGGCGGGAUCGACUGCACUUUUGCCUCCAACCGAGUUGAGCAGGAUGAAGAGCAUCCCGACGCAGAAGACGGCGAGGGCUGCAAGGAGGUCCAGCCGGAAUGCCAGCCACCGCGCUGCGACCCAGUAGAGGAAAAAGAAGGCACCGUUGGUGUCCAGCCGCUGCUUCAGCAACGAAAAGAACGUCUGCAUUCCAUGCGGCAACAGACUCAUCACAAUAGCUAGCCGCCCUCUGGUGUGUGGGUAUGUAUACGUGUGUGGUGCAUGCCUGCGACUCACGCUUUCCAUUUUGAACGCCCGAAUGAUCUGAAUGCCGUUGAGGGUCUCCUCGAAGAGCGACACAAUGGGGCUUCGCGUGACGCCUUCAAGCCGCCUCAACUCACGGCUCGACUUGCGGAAGAACUGACAUGACACCCACACACACAGUUGUGCUUUCGCUGCCCACGCACUCGCCCACCCACUCACCACUCACCAUUUGUAUGCGGUAGAACAUGAGUACGAGAGGAAUGACGGCGAGCAUGAACCACGGACUAGAGAGGGCGCACAAUAACAAGAAUGACAGCAGCCGAAACACCAUCUGAAUCGUUGAGUUCAGCGAUUCCGGCAGCAGCGAGUCCACCUGGUUGACACACAACACACACCAAGGGGAUGGGAUCCAUUCUAUCCCAUCCCUGCCUGCAGCUUUUGCUGCGUCUUGCUCACUCACCUUGUCGAGGUCAUUCGAGAAUCGGUUGAUGAUUCGACCCACAGGUGUCACGUCAAAGAAGAGAUUGACAGGGGCACGCAGCACAGCCGCAAAUGUGGUGUCGUGGAGAUUCCUGCAGACACGCACCCCGGAAAAAAGCUCUGUUGACCUCCCCUCGUUCUCUCCCUCCCUCCCCAUCUCUGGUCUUACCGGGAGCUUCUGAUGACGCUGGCGACCCACGUGGCGUCUCGUGCGAUAACGAUUAGUGUCGCAGCAAGGCAGAUGGAAACGUAGAUUCCCAACCAGUAGAAUGUCGACAGAUUGGGGCGGUUGGGUGCCUCCUCAGACCAAAAUCCCAGCCACCAGUCUGUGGUCACCUGCCCGCCCUGGGCCAACGCGAAGAGAAUGAGAAUCCUGCAGUGCACGGGAACAGGUCGACGCAUGAAGUGAGUGGAGCCAGGUGAUGAGUGAAUGGGUGGGGUGGCUGGCUGGGUGUGUGUGACUUACAUGAAGAACAGCAUGGCGCCCAGCAGUUUGUUUUGCCUUACUCCCAUGGAGAAAUACGCCACGUACAGCUGGAACUACAGACAUAGUGAGAGACACAGACACAGACACCGACCCACAGAGACAGCUUACUCUUCAAUCACGUCAUGCUGCACCGAACAGCAUUGCCCAGCCCACCUUCACUUUGCCCGUCACGCGAUCCUCCUUGGUCAACAGACCGGCCUCCCUCUUCACGGGUGCCACUGUGCCUGAUGCCUCACCGGCAGCAGGGCCCUUCUCGUACGCACUCAGGUCAGUCCGCUUGGUGAUGAGAUUCGGUCGGGGGGUGUCGGCUGCUGGUGUGGGUGUGGAUGUGGGCGUGUCGGUGUUGCUGCUCGUGGUAGUGGUGGUGGUGUCCUUUGACUGCUGCUGUGCCGAGACGAAGGCGGGGUAGUUUUGGCAGAGGUCCUUGUAGGAGCAGAUAGUGUCGAUCUGGCCGUCCUUCAUCACGACGACCUGAUGGACAGACAGACGGACCGAGAAAAGAAGAACGAACUGUUUGUUUGUUCAGACCACACACAGACGUGCCAGGCUGUGCCUGGGACUCUGCAAGUGAAGUGAGUGACCUUGUGUGCGUGUUGAAGGAGGUGGUAGUGUGAGUUGAGGACGAGCAGGCGGGUCUUCUUGGCCAGCAGACCGGCAAUCGCGUCGUCGAACAGCCGACGGGCCACGUGCAGAUCUGAGAGAUAGGGAGAGCCACAUAACAUAUAUACACACAAAUCAAUCGCUCGAUGUCAUGCCAACUAACGAACGGAUGAAUUCUUGGCGUAACUGACGUACCCACGGCUGAAAGGGGAUCGUCCAGAAGAUAGAUCGAGCACUGGUCCAGCCGAUACAACGCCCUGAAGCGAAGCGUGUGGACACUCAUCCCAUGGAUGACGCCAUGCCAUGCCGCCUUGUCCAUCCCUUCCCUCCCUCACCUGGCGAAUGCCAGCCGCGCCUUCUGUCCGCCGGAGAGGGUGAUGCCCCGCUCGCCAACCUCCGUCGCGUCGCCGUCUGGGAGAGUGGCGAUGUCAGGGAGGAGCUGGGCGACCUCGAGGACGCCCUCGUACUUUUCCUUCUCGUAGGGCGACUCGAACAGAAUGUUGGCCUUGACGCUGGCGUUGCGCACCCACGGCUCCUGAGUGAGAAUAUAGAAGACAGAGGGAUGGAUGCAUGGAUGGAGGGGGUUGGCACGAGUCGUGUCUGUCUGGUUGAGCUUGGUACCUUACCUGGCUCACGUAGGCUACAGGAUGGUACACGCCAACGGUGCCUGUGGAUGGGUCAGGCCAGGCCAGGCGGCGUUGGUGUACUUGGUGUGAUUGGUGGGUGUAAAUGUGAUUGAUGUACCUACCUUGCGAUUGGUGCAGCUGCCCUAGCAGAGCGCUGAGAAGCGCUGUCUUGCCCGCACCGACUUGGCCGACAAUGCACACCAACUCGCCCUCAUUCACCUGCGUCACUCACGUCACACACAUCUACCCCUCCUGUGUGUGUGUGUGUCAUCACGUGCAUACCUGCAGGUUGAUGUCCUUGAGUGCCGGCCGCCCCGUCUCAGUCGACCAUAUGCUGUCCAGCGCGGCGACCUUCCCCCCACCCCGCCACCUGUGCGCCUGCCGCACCACAACACCCCUCCUCUCCUCCUUGCCAGCACCGGGCGGCGCCCAGUAGAAGACGCCAUUGGUGACCUCCAGCGCCACACCAUUGGGAAGUACGGGCGGUGGCGAGUCCAGAUCGUGCACUGUCGAGACCUCUGUGGCUGGUGUGACUGUUCCCGCCUCCGAGUAGUCGGCCGAUGGCACUGGCGGCCGGGUGGUGGCGGUGGGGGUGGCGGGUUGGUGAGUGUCGUGUUUGGUCACGACUUUGUGCUCGAUCUCUUGUCGCUGGAGAUAUUGCUGCAGCCGGCCGAUAGACGUCAGGCCGUCUGACACGUUCCUGGACGACAAGAAGGGGAGGAGGGCCGUUGAUUGUGCAUCUGUGCCUGCAGGAAGUGAGUGGUGUGUGCUACUUUGCUUACUUCAUGGCCAUUGGCCAUAGAGCAAGCGGAACACGCAGCAGGUUCAGGAAGGCCAGCACCUGUCAUGUCAACACACACCCACACACACGUAUCCACACAGACUAACUCACCACCCGCCCCGCCCCGCACCCCCCGCCCACCGUAAACGUCUUUUCGACGCUGAGUGUGUUGCCAAGCGACACGUACAGCACGAACACCACGGCAGCAAUCAGCACCGGCCCACAGAAUUGGAAGAGCCACGUGAUCGCGGUGAGGAAGAGAAUGCGGCCGAGCUGCCUGACCUCCGCCCUGCGGAUCUCAGACACACGCUCUUCGAGCACCCUCUCCCAAGCAUACCUAACCACCCCCCACACACACAUACAAUACACACACAGCGGGACACGGGCGAUGAAUGCAUCACUCGCCUCGUCCCAUCUAUCCAUCUGUCGUGGUGAGGCUGGCAUGCUCACAAUUUGACAAUUCUGAUGCCCUGCAGGAUUUCUGUCUCCAGCUUGACGCGCUUCCCCGUCAUCUUGACCAUCUCGCGACGGGUGCGGCCUGCAACACAUACCCACAUACCCACACACACACGUCGACGCAAGCCCAUGCCAUCAUGGACGGCUCUUUGCUCACCGAUUCGCCUUGCGAGAUUGCCGGAGGUUAGGGCGAUGACCACCACCAUAGCCACGCCCGCCACAGAGGCGAUGCCCACCUCCUGCACCAGCAGGAACAUCGUCACCAGAAUGAUGGCUGGCCCCAGCCACAGCCAGUUGGUCAGAAACACGCCGAAGUAAAGGCGCUCUGUGUCCACAGACCUACAGCCCAGCCGGACCGUGGAUGGACACACAAGAAAACGUGUUGGUGUGCGUGUCCGUUUCAUGCUGGACGCACGCACAUGUGUGUGACGAUCUCUCCACUGGAGGCGGUCGAUUUCUCGAAACUGGCCAGCACGAGCGCCUUCCUGUAGAUCUCCAUGAUUGCGGCAGAUCGCAUCGACAUUCCCAGCCUGACACACACACACACACACACACAGAGAGAGAGAGAGAGAGAGAGAGAGAGAGAAGAGGGUGCACAUAAGGCCUACCUACCUACCAAGACGGCUCGGGUGCUGUGACUGACGACUGACCGUGUAGUGUGGAAGAAUGAGUGGUUGAUGCACAAAGCCGCGACCACGAGGCACAGGAACAGGCCACACACCAGCAGCACGCCAUGCAGCCAGUCAUCGCUUCCGGACUGCUCCAGCAGACAGACACAACGAGGAACGGCCCAAUCGACAGACACAUCAGCGCGUUUGUCAGUCAGACGGUGGGUCAGUGAGUGAAUGAGUGUUGAUAGUAGCUACCUCACCUCAAGGAAGACAAGCAGCUCCCGGAUGAAGAGCGGCGAGGCGCAGUUGAAGAUGAUGUAGGGAAUGCCCAGGCCAACAGUGAUCAGCCACCUGCACAAUGGGUUGGGCCGAUGACACACACACACAGACACACAGACAGACACAUCAGAGGUGUGCUCCCACACCAUCAGCAGCAGCACAGCAGUGCAAUCGACGCGUGCAGACCUGUUCUUGAACGAGGCCCAGAACGCUGGAAGCAACCGCUGCACACACACAGACAGACAGUCUGUCCCUCUCCCGCGAGCACUCACACGCACCCAACCCAACUCACUGACCUGCAGUUUUUUGUAAUUGGUGUGGAACAGCUCAUCUGUCGGCCUGGACCUGUGCUGAUGCGGCAGGUCGUCCACUGUGACAUCUGACUCAUCGAGGGCACGCGCAGAGCCCAGCCGGAGUAGGUCGUCCAUCCACGACAGAAGAAUGUGUGUGCGCCACGUUGAUGAGUCAAGCCGAGAUGGCCUGGCAGGCUUGUGUGGAGUCGAUGACGAUAGUGCCGCUGUCGCUGCGCAGCCGCCAGGGUCGUCUGAGUCGAUGUCCGUCUCAAAGGCAACCAUCUUGACAAACGAAGCACGGCGAUGCUUCAGAGGCAGAUCAGCUAUGUGCUGUUGUGGAAGUGGCUGGCGGAUCCUUCCGUGGAGAUAUUUUCUUCCCA